CAGGAUCAUGCUGAUUUAUGUCCUUUUCCCUGCUUCUCGCUCUCUGCCGAAUCCGUCGAAACGAGGAAAUGUGGAGGCGAUUGGCGUUGUCAGACAUGGUAUGGUCUCCGCGCCGAGCGAGUGGUGAACAGGUUUCACACUUAAAAUCAACCACACUUCUGAGAGAAACUUGGAGAACAUAACCUGACUACUACUUCAUUCAACAUCAUAGAAUAAAAAUAUGACAUCGUGGCAACAAGAAGUGCCGGCCCUGAGGGCAGACAUCAAUGGCGAGGUUCUCCUCCCCGGCGAUGAAGGGUACGAAGAAAGUCUCGUGCGAUGGUCCAUCGUCUGCAUCAAGCCAGCGGGCAUAGUCGUCAAGCCAAAAUCGGCCCAGGAUGUCUCAUCAGCGAUCCGCUUCGCCACAAAACACGACAUCCCCUUCACAACCUACGGCGGAGGCCACUCCACCGCAGGAACCUCGUCCUCGGACGGCGGGAUGGUAAUCCACCUAGGCAGCCUCCGCGACGUCACAGUCGACGCCUCGAAGCGCCUCGUCACCUACGGCGGCGGCUGCACCUGGAAGGACGUCGACGCCGAGACCUGGAAACACGGCCUCGCGACCGUCGGCGGCACGGUAUCGCACACGGGCGUCGGCGGUCUCGUGCUCGGCGGCGGACAGGGGCUUCUGAGCGGACUUUACGGUCUUGCGGUCGAUUGUCUUGUGGAAGUGGAGGCCAUUCUCGCUGAUGGGUCGAUUGUCACGGCGUCGGAAACGGAGAAUGCGGAUCUGUUUUGGGGUUUGCGCGGCGCUGGGGCGAGUUUUGGUGUUGUUACGAGGUUCACUUCUGAGGUUUUUCCUCAGGGAAAGGUAUGGUAUGGGGCUCUCAUGUUCGCCAACUCUCAGCUGCCUGAGCUGCUCAAUUGGAUGAACGAGUUUGUGGAGAAGAUGGACGAGAGGCAAUUCCUCAUCAUGGGAUUUGCCUACGGUCCACCGGGGCCCGAUGCAAAGCCCAUGAUUGUCGUGCAGCCGUUCCACAACGGUACUGGGCAAGAGGCUACUGAGGGUAUCUUCAAGGGGCUCCUCGCAGUGGGACCGCUGGUGAACAUGGCGACUGAGAUGGACUACCCAACAGCCAACACGCUCCUCGACGAGCUUCAAGGCCCCGGCGCAAGACGGCUGAUGGGCGGGACGAACCUCACAGCGCCAUUCGAGCUAGCGAAAUGGGAAGAGAUGAGCAAGGAAUUUUACUCGCGUGUCGAUGAGGAGACGGCCAAGGGCAACGACAUGCGAGGUAGCAUUCUGGCCGUGGAGAUCUACAAGAAGGACAAGGUGGUCAGCGUGCCGUUUGGGGCGACGGCGUACUCGAACCGCGGGACGUAUUUUGACUGUAUGGUCUUGACGUGUUGGACGGACCCGGCAAAGGACGGUAUGAUUAGGGGCUGGAACCGGGCUUUGGCGGCGAAGAUCAAAGGGGAAAAUCACACUGGCGAGAGGGGCGGUGUUGGACAGUACAACAAUUAUGCGAGCAGCGAUGUUGGUGUCAAGGAAGGGUUUGGGGAGAAUGCGAGGAGGUUGGUGGAGUUGAAGGGGAAAUAUGACCCGGAGAAUCGGUUUUCGCGCAGUCCUUGGAAGAUUGUUGCGUCGUAAGGGGGAGGCAUGGCUUCAUCACGAGAUUGGGGGUCGGUUCAUGUACCCUAGAGUGAAGACUUAGUCAUAUCUAGACGAUACGUUGUUUUGCGAGCCCAAAGAAAACCCCUGUUCGUUGGAUCUUACCCGGGAUUUUCAUACUCCACCCAACACAGUGGAACCCCAGAGAGGCAUGAGGCCGGUGUCGUGACUGGGAAUCUGUCAGGGAAACCCGAGGGCUGCAUACCUACGAAGCGCAGAUUUGGAUCAAUACAUCAUGUUCA